AUGACGUUAGAAAAAGAUAAUACUGAUGAUGCCUUCAAAGGUAUAAUGAAGAAUUUGAAUAUAGAUUAUUCUCUAUUCAAAACCUAUAACACCAAUUUUGGCGAACUUUCGUUAAAAGAAUUAGGAACGGUCAAGCAAGAGAUAGAAGCCCAAUUGAACCUUUUGUUUGAUGUUUUAAAAACCCAAUACAAUGCAAAUAUGCAGACACCAUUAUUGACCCCAGAUGGAUUUCCCAGAAAUGAUGUAGAUGUUGUUGGUAUCAGACUCGUCAGAGUAAAGAUAAUAAGAUUAAGAGUUGAACAUAAAGAAGUUUUGACUUUGUUACAUGAGCACCUCGUUAGCCAUUUUGAAAACCAAACAGUUGAUGACAAUACAGAAAUGGAAGUCGAUACACCCAGUGAACCACUAAAGGAGACUCAUAGCAUCCCAUUUGCGGCUGUGCAAGAGGUUAUUGAAGGUAGUCCUGCUCAAGUUUCGGGCUUAAAAGAGGGGGAUAAAAUAAUUCUUUUUGAUGACAUAAACGUUGGAAACCACAAAAAAUUGGCUGACGUUUUAUUGAAAGUUCGUACAAACAUUGAUAAAGCCAUUCGAGUUGAAAUUCUAAGGGGUAGUAAAAAUUUGACCUUAGAACUUACUCCCACUAAUAACUGGAAUGGCCAGGGACUUCUAGGAUGCAAAAUAAUACCCCUUUAG